AUGGUGACUUCGGACGUGAAACUGGACGUGGAAGCCUUUCCCGCAUUUCGCGAGUUGCUGGUGGAUUGCCAGGACUAUGCAGCCCUCAGUGGGUGUCGCUUUCAGGCAUAUGCCUUUGAGAGUAACGGAGUCACAGGGAAGGCCAACGCGGAAGAAUGGAAGGCAGCAGUACAGAAAGCCAUGCCGAGGGUCAAAGAGUUUAGAAAGCGGGUGCAAGCGCAAGAGCCAGGACUGGUAGCCAGCAUUGAUGUGGCUUAUCGCCUCAUCAGUGCUGAAGGCGUGCGCUCGGGCAUCGUGGCCACAUGUCAGGAGAUGGGCCUGUGGCCACCCGGGGUCUGCAUUCCUGAGGACGACUGCGCAUUUCAGGACACCACAGCAUCUCUGCCUUUGAUAGCCCAGAGGGCUUACAAUGAUGAAAUGAGAAGAGAACGGGAGGAAUCCUUGCAGCUGUUGUAUCGUAAAGCGACCACAGCAUCUUUCCUAGUGGAUUUCGCAUCGGAGGCGGGAUUGGCACUCCCCAAUCUCACAGAGAGCCAUCGUGAGAUGUUGGAUGAAUUCAUGAAACGAGUAGAAGAGUGGAGCAGCCAAGGUGGAUCUUCCAGAUUUGACCUUUGUCCCAUCGCCCGUGCUGGAAAGGCCCUGACGCAAGGUUUGGCGAAGGGAGGUCAGAAUUGGGACACCACGACCGGAACAGCCGUGAACUUGGUGGCCACCGCCUUGGCGGUCGCCGCGGCCGCGGCUCAUCAGCUGAGCCGCCUCAGUGGGGAACAGUUGGCAGCUGAGACCCUUGGAGUGGAGGCUGGAGCACUGGAGGUGUCAGAUGGUGUCAGGGAGUGUGUGGCUGUGAGCAAGCGAAAGCGCGGGCGGAAGGCCGCAGCAGUGAUUUUUCAAGCUGAGGGCGUGCAGGAAGAUGAAGGGCCCAAAGCUCCCUUCGACCUGUUGAAGCUGGAAGAGGAUCCUUCACUGCAGGCAGAAGGUGCGGUGGUGGACGACAACGGAGCAUUGGUGAACUCCUACUAUAAACGCUUCAUCCAAGCCUUCAAGGAUGCGGAGAAAGUUCGGCCCUCACAACUUACAGACGCAGGCUGCAUAUCGCUGGUGACUCACAGUCACACAGCAAUGGUGACGUUUUCCCCUGGAAUUCUGGCCACUAGGCCAACCGGCUUGAAGCGACCAGGGGUACGCCCGGGCGAAGAGAUUCCAGAGCACGUCCGAUUCUGGGACGACUCGCUGGGCCGGCGGAAAGGUGUCGUGCACUCACGGGAAUCCUGGGGUGCAGGUUAUAUUGCGUCUCCGAUCAAAGCGGAAGAUAAGAAGAGGCAAAGCAAAUGGUUCAACGUGAAGACAUGGGGAUGUUGGCGCAUGGCCUUUGUCCUGGCUCGGCUGCAACAGCAGGACGGCACCGAUGGGGUCCUUUCCGGGGUCCAGGAAGGGUGGAACUGCUGA